UCUAUACUCUUCGCCUGCGUCAACACAUUUGAGCAGUCCCAUAACAGAUCCUGGUUCUCGAUCUUCUAACAUUCAUCAUACAUCCACGUUCACUUAUAUUCAACAACCCCCACAUACACAACUAACUACUCAGUCCUUUCUUCCAGACACAGUUACCUUCGGAUCGGAUGAAAAUUCCGACCCGACCGUUUCUUCAACUAAUACGAUGGUUGCGUUUAAUUUAGGUCAAGGAGAUAAUUUAUACUGGAAUAUGGAUAUGAGUGUCCCUGGAUCUCAAUCUAAUUUUGUUGAAUUCAAUAAUACUUAUGAAUUGGCAAGUUCUGGUUCAUCAUCUGCGAGUGUCUAUUCAUCACUACAGCAUAUAUAG